AUGGCGGGGGACGGCGGAGCGGCUGGCCCGGCCGCCUCUCGGGAGCUGCUGGCCGUGGGGCGCCGCGGAGGUGAGCGGCCCCUUGGGGGGGGAGCCCCGCCGCCGAGAGGACUGGAAGAAACUUUGUUGAUUAGUUCAAAAUGUAGCAGCAAGAAGGCCACAACUUUACAGACAGUUAGGAUGCCAAGGAGUAAUGUUUUGGACCGAGUACAGAGCUUUUUACCACAAAUGGCCCAUGCAAAUGAUGAGCUAAGAAGAAAAAUGGUAACAGCACCAGCUCAUCAGUUUGAUAUUGAAAAUCUAGACAGUGCAACAGAAAAAGUUAUAGAAAUGAAUGUGGCCGUAGUUGAACUGAGUGAUUCCGAUACAGAUGAAGAGAUACUAACUUCAGAAGAUGACUCGGAAUCUGAAGAUGACUGUACAACUGAUGAAGUGACAAUAGACAACAUUAAGUUUCCUAAACAAAAGGGAGAAAAGGGCAAAAUAGAAAUUUUGGACAGCAAAGUGAAUGAGUAAAUCCAUUUUUAUUUUACUUCAAAUCUAAUUGCAUUUUAUUACUUUGAGGACUUGGCCUGUAAAACCACCUUCUCUCCCAAAGUAGCAUCCCUCAGGAUCAUGUGAAAUGCUAUAGUUUACAUGGUGGAGAAUUCAGGAUCCACUCAUGACUGAGGCAAACUGGAUUUCUGAAGAAUUAAGUACGGUUUUAUUCAUCAAACAAUAUGGAAAUGAACUUCAUUGUAGGUUAGACUAAGAAAGCAUUUGGGCCACUGAACUAGUUAAGUUAAAAUUCUUGUUCUCUUGCUUAGUUGGAGAAAGAUUUUUGUAGUGUGCUAGAAGUUGUUUUUGCUUCAAGGGCAGGAAAGAGUUAACUAGGAAAAAAAGCUUUGUUUUUAUAUUCCAUAUCCUGUGAAGUGUUAUGUACAAUAUCUUCAAUAUUAAACAUUAUCUGAAAGUACAUUAGAAGUUUGUCUACAUUGCAUUCAUGACAAUGACUGUUGAACACUAACGCAGUGACAGAUGAGCUGGCACGGGUAAGGACAGCCACGACUCAAGAGAGUGUUCAGCAAAGGAUUAUUUAUCCUGUCUGCCUGCAUUGAGCUCUGUAGCAUUGCAGGUAGGUUACUAACUCAUAGCUGGAACGUUUGUGGCUGCAGUGCAGAUACCCAUGGUACUUAAACAGUCAAGUCUGCCUCUCUGGUGUUACAGUCGCUUUAAGCUAUGCUUUACAUCUCCCACUUUCCCUGCCAUGUUUAUGUCCUCUCCAUUUUGUUAACAACUGUCACUGCCAGAAGAAUAAAAAAGUGAAUUUUCAGUUGUUCUGUAUUUAGGUUAGCUUGAAACAUUUGUGAAACCAAAAUCAGUGAAAGUAUGUCUCAUUCAUACUUACCUCAGAUUGAUCAAGUACAAUGGUUUGGGCUGUUGUAUUUACUUCGCAGAUCAGUUUGCAUUUCAGAAGCAUCUGUCAUGCUCCUGGAUGUCGUCGUUUGUUUCUUAAAGGAACUUUGUAUUUUCUAUACCAUUAAAAGAAAAGUUUCUAUAUUGUAUUUACUCAAAUAUUAAAUGUCAUGACUUGAAACCUGCA